UCCCACAACCAAACGAUAAUCCUCCUGCGGUAUCUCUCUCUGUAGGCUGACCGAUCCUUCUGUUUACAAAUCUUGCCAUCGAUGACGUCACCGCCCCGCAUACUCCACGCGGGCGCCUCGUUUCAGCGCUGGUUUGCUGUCUUCUUGGAUAAAAUAUACGUGUUUCAGCUGGGAUUCUUCUGCAGCAUUCAGUGAGAUGAGAUGUUGACCUCCAAGCUGCUCACUCUUGUUCUGGUGGUCCAGCCUGGUAAAGUGCUGCUGGGCAUGAAGAAGAGGGGCUUUGGGGCUGGGAAGUGGAAUGGGUUCGGGGGCAAAGUUCAGCCUGGAGAAACGAUUGAGGAUGCCGCUAAAAGGGAACUUCAUGAAGAAAGUGGCCUUACUGUGGACAUGCUUGACAAAAUUGGAAACAUCAAAUUUGAGUUUGUUGGAGAAACUGAGCUGAUGGAUGUCCACAUCUUCAGAGCUGAUAGUUAUAACGGGGAACCAACAGAAUCAGAUGAAAUGAGGCCCCAGUGGUUUGACAGUGACAAAAUCCCAUUCAAUCAGAUGUGGGCCGAUGAUAUCUUGUGGUUCCCCUUGAUGCUACAGAAAAAAAGAUUCGUGGGAUACUUUAAGUUCCAGGGUCACGACGUAAUUCUGAGCCACACGCUGGAAGAGGUACAAGAGCUGUGAUGUAAAACAACCAUGCAGCAAUUAUUUGUUUGGGACCCAAGAAAUUUUUUUUCUUAAAAUUUUGACCAUAAUUAGUGGAGAUGUGAACUGUUGAUGUUCACGGUUCAUUUAGCAGAAGAAAUGAGAGGAUCCGUUGGACCUAAAGAGAGAUGUGAAGAGAAAAGUUUAUAUACUUUACAACUGUAACACGAGUAGAAAUAA